AUGACAAGCAUGGGUAGGGACGAAAUUGCAAAUCUAGUCAGAGAAGCUCAACCUGAAUAUUUUCCUAAUGGACGCAUGCGAUCUUCUGGUAAUCACACACGCAAGCCGGACACCUCAAUGCCAACAGGAUCUUCAACUCGCAGACUUCCAGCGCCUGAUUCAAAGAUCAAUACCAACCCAAAGGCAUCACCUGCAAGUAAUGAAGUCUCAGAACCAAGUGCUCCAGUCUCCACGAAAUCUUCUAAGAAGAAACGUUGCGCUUCUCCCGAGACAAAACCAGUACAAAAAAAACGAGCUGUAUCAGUCAAAGCCACCGCUUCUUUCAAGAAGCUUGAGGCAACAUCGCAAGACUCAAAGGCUUUAUCGAUCAAAAGGAAUGAGAUCAAGGUGAUGAAGAAAAAAGGUGUCCAAUUUGCAGACUCGACCAAUCCAGAGUCUAGUGGUGAUCAUGAGCUUAAGAAUGAUAGGACGUCAGUUAGAUCUGAUUGUGCUCAAGCUUCUCCGGGUAUUCCGUUCAAACCAGCAGUCAAUCCGGGUGGCGAUAAAGCAGCAUGUGACGUUGAGCGAUACAGUAUAAUGCCAAAAACGCCACCAUAUUUAUCCUCAGCUCUGUUACCCACCGAUUCUAAUCCAUCAACACAUCUCACCCCGGCAGACAGUCUUCAAGAAGGAAAUCUUGUGUCUGUGAGCCCGGAGGAUGUUACCCCUCUAAAUACAGAAAACAAUAAUGAACUCUACACAGAGGACUUUAUAACUUUUACAGAGAAGGAUUUUUUUGAAGGCGAAAACAUUGUUCAUGCGCUUGAGGCGCGCGUUGAUCACCUAGAAAAGGAGGUCGCUCGGUUCAGUGAUCUCCAAGAGCAUGUUAUAUUGCAAAUUCAGGAGGAGGUUCAAAAGAGUAUCGAAGGCUCUAUUAAGCAUGGCAUCAAAGAAGCGACGGAAACUCUCAAGGCUGGACUACAAAAAAUGACCUGGGAAUUGCAAGAAGCUAAUGAUGCCAUUAAAGCUCAUGAUGAAGCAUUGCUUAGUUUACUUAAUGAUGGAUCAAACAGUGAGGAACAAGGGGCUGAUGACGACCAGACUGAUGCUGGGUCUUCUGUUGGUAGUAACAAGUCUUCUAUCUGA